AUGGGCUCAGAUGGCUUACUAGUUUUGGGUUCAAUUACUGACUCAGAAGCCUUAGUAGUUUCAGAUGUUCCAGAUAUUGAGGCAACUGGUACUUCAGGGUGUCUUGGAACGAUUCAAUUUGGUUAUCUAUUUUCUUACCACUGA